AUGCUCCCGCCGCCCGCCGCCGUCCAUCACACCGCAGCAGCCCAGGAGCACCACGCCGCGUCGCAAUACCAUGGCCAGCAAACCCACGCUGAACUCCACCAAGCUAAUGCACACAGGGCGUCAGCGAACAAUGUGGCCGCGCCGUCUCAUCAAAAUCUCAUGCAGGCUCACCAAUCGGCUCAGAAUGCGCACGCGUCUUUCCAUGGCGCAGUAGAUUCCUUUGGACACGCUGUAGCAGCCAACGCUCAUCUUGACGCCGCCCACCACGCUACCAAUCCUGGAGCCGCUCAUGGACAUCGUGCUGCUGCCGUGUCCCACAAACCAACUUCAAAUCAUAAACCAGAGCCAAUCCAGUCCACCAUCAACGCUCUCAAAUCCAAACACGGGAUAUGA